UCGUAGAUAAAACACGUUUAUCAACCUGGAUGGACACUUACUCACUUUCAUUUUCCUGAGAAACACUCCAUCGACAGCUUGUGCACAUGUACAACCCAUGCAAGCUCAAGAAAGGACCGACGAGAGCGGAGAGAUCGCCCUUUAGCCGCCUCUGAAAGCAGCUAACACGGCUAACAGCUCACCGAGAGGACGCUAGCUGGCUGGCUGGUUGACAGUUGCUUCGGUCAGCUACGUGCCUUUAACUGUACAGUAGCUGCUAUUUAGACGGUGAAACAAUGAGUCGCCUCUGACAUUGAGAGCACUGAGGCCCAGUUGGUUGUCACAUUAGAGUAACCAGAGCCCAUCACUAGCAAGGUGGGUCUCUGUUGACUCUGCCAUUGAAGAUUAGCGGGGGAGCCGUGAGCCAGCUUGCCGAUGCACCCCUAGUUUUGACCUGUCAGAGCUGCCAAUAUGAUGCCGAUGAUACUGACGGUGUACCUCAGCGAUGGGGAACAGGCUGUGACUGAGGUGCCCAUCACUCCUGAGACGACGUGCCGCGAUGUCGUCGAGUUCUGCAAAGAGCCCGGCGAGAGCGGCUGCCACCUGGCCGAGGUCUGGAGAGGCAACGAACGAGCGAUCCCCUUCGAGCACAUGAUGUAUGAACAUCUGCAGAAAUGGGGACCACGGAAACAAGAGGUCAAGUUUUUCCUUCGGCACGAAGAUUCGCCGACUGAGGGCAGCGAUCAAGGGAGUCAGCAGACUCAGGAGCAGACGAGCCGUAGAAGUGGAAACACUGGAGAGAAGCACAACGAGAAUGGGGUUGGGAAUCAGCGUGUGGAGCUCACGCUUUCAGAGCUGCAGGAGAUGGCCACUCGACAGCAGCAGCAAAUCGAGGCUCAGCAGCAGAUGCUUGUUGCAAAGGAGCAACGCUUGCGUUACCUGAAGCAGCAGGAGCGGCGUCAGCAACAAACUGUUUCGGAAAGUGAGAAGCUGCAGAGGCUCAAGGAACGUGUGGAGAGCCAGGAGGCAAAGCUCAAGAAGAUUCGAGCAAUGAGAGGCCAGGUGGACUACAGCAAGGUCAUCAAUGGCAACCUGUCGGCAGAGAUUGAGCAGGUCAGCGGCCUGUUCCAAGAGAAGCAGGCAGAGUUACAGACGGCCAUGCUGAGGGUGGAACAGCUCAGCCUGCAGCUGGAGGACCUGCGGAGGGGAAAGCUUAACGGCAUACAGACAGCCCUGGGUGGCCAAGUAACUGGCGCUGCAGCCUUGGAACUCCGCAAACUCUACCAGGAGCUUCAGAUCCGGAACAAGUUGAACCACGAGCAAAACAGCAAACUGCAGCAACAGAAGGAGCUUCUGAACAAGCGCAACAUGGAAGUCACGCUCAUGGACAAGCGCAUCAGCGAGCUCCGGGAACGCCUCUACAAGAAAAAAGCUGAGGCACGUCAAAAAGAGAACCUUCCUCUAAACAGAGCCAACGGGCCUCCCUCUCCACAGCCAGCUCCUGGGACUCUGGGCCGCGUGGCUGCUGUCGGGCCGUACAUCCAAGUUCCUGUGCCAGGCCGACAGGAUGGGGGCUACGCCAUACCACCCGACCCACUGAAGCCUCAGACUCUGGGUGUCAAUAAUCAAGCCAACCACGGCCGUGCCAAGUCAGCUAAUGAUACUGGUUGGCCUACUGUAGGCAAGACCAGUACUCUAAAGCCUCCUGAGAGAAGAGAUUCAGGGACUGACACCCAGGGCAAGAGCCCUCCCACAGGCUCCCCUGUUGCUCCAAAUGCAGAAAAGGUGCUAGACUCCAAAAUGGCCUCCCCUGCCAUACCCAAGCCACAGCCACCUCCCUAUGGCUCCCACCUCACCUCCGCAACCUCAGCCAGCUCUUUGGACCGUCGCAAGGACGCACCACCUCCUCGCCCGCUCCCAAACCCGCCGGCUCCUGCCUGGCCCCGUGUCCCCCCCACCACAGGCUCGUCCUCCCAGCAGAUCCAGCAGCGGAUCUCAGUGCCGCCGAGCCCCACUUUCCAGCCGAAUGCCCCGCUAUUUCCUCCUGGGCUGAGUGAGCGACUGGAUCCCCCACCAGCUGUGGCAGUACGCCCCUUCAUCCCAGACAGAGGAUCACGGCCUCAGUCGCCACGCAAAGGCCCAGCUACCAUGAACUCCAGCUCCAUCUAUCACAUGUACCUUCAGCAGGCGGCACCAAAGAGCCAGCCACCCAAGCCUGCUCUCAAAGCAGUGUAUGGGAAACCUGUUCUCCCGCCAAGCUCGACACCUCCCUCGCCCCUGCCUUUCGUCCAGGCUGGAGGGGCCUUCCCGCUGCUCCAAGGCCCACCUUGUGUCGAGGAUAUGUUUGACGGUGACUUUGAUGAUCAUGAUGGUUUCCAGCACCUUGAACCCUCUGCGCCUCCUCCCAGUGUGGAGAACAUUCCUCGACCACUCAGCCCCACUAAACUAACACCCAUGGUACACUCCCCGCUGCGCUACCAAAGUGAUGCCGACCUUGAGGUGCUCCGCAAAAAGCUGGCCAAUGCUCCGAGACCCCUAAAGAAGCGCAGCUCCAUCACAGAGCCAGAGGGCCCCAGUGGGCCCAACAUCCAGAAACUGCUCUACCAGAGAUUCAACACUCUUGCAGGAGGUAUAGAGGGAAACGGAGUCAGUGGAUCAGGAGGUGGUAAUGGUGCGGGUAAUGGAACACCAUUUUAUCAGCCAGCCAAUCCUCCUGGCUAUCUGGGAGGUGACUCUGUGGCUGAUACAGACAAUGGCAACCUUCCAUCUGAGACACUGCUGCUGCCGCCACCACCCAGGGCAGACGAGCUGGGCUCUGAGGCUCCACCUCCAUCUACUGACACUAAUGACAACCAGCCGCUGCCCUCACCACCAGAAGGACUUGAAGACCCAGCUGAGGCAGAGGGACCAGAGGAGGAGGAGGAGGAGGACGACAACAACAACAAUGUAGGAAGCUCUGAGGCUUUGCUGCCCAGCCCUGUGCCCGAGGUCAGCACUCCAGAGGAGAGCGGCACAGUGCUGUCACAGCCCCUGGAGAAGCGCACAAACCUGAAGAAGCCCGACUCUGACCGCACCGGCCACGGCUUCAGAGUAAAGUUUAACCCUUUGGCUCUCCUGCUGGAUGCCUCAUUGGAGGGAGAGUUCGACCUCGUCCAGAGGAUCAUCUAUGAGGUGGAUAAUCCAAGCACUCCCAAUGAUGAGGGCAUCACACCCCUGCACAACGCUGUGUGUGCAGGACAUCACCACAUAGUCAAGUUCCUGCUGGAUUUUGGUGUGAACGUUAACGCAGCAGACAGUGAUGGAUGGACUCCACUUCACUGCGCUGCCUCCUGCAACAGUGUUCAUCUCUGCAAGUUGUUGGUUGAGUCAGGGGCAGCCAUCUUUGCCACCACCAUCAGUGAUGUGGAGACAGCUGCAGAUAAAUGUGAAGAAAUGGAAGAGGGCUACAUCCAGUGUUCCCAGUUCCUAUAUGGUGUUCAGGAGAAGUUGGGCGUAAUGAACAAAGGGACGGUGUAUGUUCUGUGGAAUUACGAAGCUCAGAACGCAGACGAGCUGUCCUUCAGUGAGGGCGAUGCCAUCACCAUUCUGCGACGACAGGAUGACAGUGAAACGGAUUGGUGGUGGGCAAGGCACGAGGACAACGAGGGCUACGUACCCCGCAACCUGCUGGGGCUCUAUCCUAGGAUCAAGCCUCGUCAGCGCUCCCUGGCAUAGUGUCCCGCUCCGCUGACCUCUGGCUAACAGCUGGACUAGUGACAAACCCAAGAGCCGAGAACAAAGGAGCCUGGUGCUCCAUCUUCUCCCCAUGGCCAUAAUCUCCCCAGGCCUCAUGCUUCUUACAAAAUCCUUUUUUUUUCUGAAGCAGAGGGCAUCGAACUCUUGACACAGUUAUUUACACACAUACAUAGACGCACACACAGUGAAACACUCCAAAUGCGAAAAUCUCUUAAACCACUCCAUCCUGACCCCCACCCCUCCUUCAACCUGUUGCUGUCAUUGCCCCAACUUGAUUUUACCCCAAUUCAAUGUCCAUUAUGUAACAGACAACAACUUGACCAACUUGAAGAAUAAAACACUAACCUUG